ACAAAACAGGUUGGCAGUGCCUAGUCAAAAUACGAUAUCGAUAACAAAAGUGCUGUUUUUUGCAAAUUGUAAAAUCUUUUAAAAUUAUUAUUCGAAAUGAUCGGUAGAUUGUCUUUUUGGUACAAGGACAACGUUUCGAACCAAGUUGAUUGUUUGGCCUGUCGUUUGGUGAGUGGGUUCGGUCUCCUUGGAAUCGGAGCAUUUCUGCUAGCGCAAUCGAAGACGCGUCCAAAAUUGGAGAGUUACACCAUGAAGAGCUUAGCAGCAGCCGUUGGCUUCCUGGGCGUGGCCCGCCUGGCAGAUGCAAAUUUCCUGAAGGCCACCGCGGAGGAACCGAAGGAAGUGGAAACCAAGACUUUAAAGCCUACCGGUGAACACCAGUUUUUCGCCAGGCGUUAAAUCAACUCAUUUUUUUUGUUUAUCAUUAACUCAUUAGCUAUAUAAACUUGUAUGUAUUUUCUGACAAA